AUUUCAUUCAAUGAAGUGUCAAAUUACUUAUCAAAAAUGAAGCUCAGUCGUCAAUGAAAGAGGAAUCAAAACAAAAUAUAAUUCUAUUCGCUCUAAGUUCUCUACAUUUUAUUAAAGAUCGACAAACCAGACACAAUGAGCCAAGAACAAAACUCCGUUCAAAGUGGUCCAAGUGCCAAGAAAAUGAAAUCGAAUGAUGAAGAGAAUAAUCCAGCCGAACGUGCUGUUGUCAUUAACGUAGUACAACAAUUGGCUGAUAUUUUCAAACUUAACAUCGAUUGUUUCGAGGAAGUGUUCGACUAUUUAUCGCUGAAGGAUUUGGCAGCAAUUGGGCAAACGUGUAAACGAAUGCAACAAAUUGCAGGUCAUUGUUUUCAACUAAAUUAUGGAGCCAUACAAGCACGAUUUUAUGAAUGUGGUUUUGACUGUAAAGAUGUCAAGAUCGAUUGUUUCAGCAAUUUAAUACAAAGCGUAUAUCUUAGGUAUAAAAUAAAUUAUAAUAUAGAUGAAAGAGAUGAGCGUACUGAUACUGGUGUCAAGAAUGCUAUAAAUAAUCAGACAAAGAACUUUCUAACUCCUUUUAAACAUUUCACACCAAUAAAAGAAAUCACCAUUGGUGAGGUUCAUUUAACAAUGGCUUGGAUUAAUGAAAUGGAAGCGAUCCUCUGUAAAGUUGAAAGUGUAACAUUAGAAAGUGUAAUAAUAGGAGGAGAAAAUGAAUUGGACGCAUUCAUUGCUGCAUGCUCACAUAUCAAAUAUUUAUGCCUGUGCGUAGAAACAAACGGACACCAAUGGAUGCAUCGAACCUACCCAACAUUGGAACAUAUUGAAUUGGAUUUCUUUGAUUGGGAAGAAAUACCAACAUUAAUAACAUUCCUUGAGUUAAACACCACAAUUAAGGAAUUUUCUUUCGAUCCGGAACACUUUUGGUCAAACAGAGAGUUGUUAAAAAAAUCAAACAUCAAACUUGAUACAUUGGUGAUUCACCUUGAUGAGCAUGAAGUCGAAUUCGAUUUAUUUUGCUGUUUGCUAAAUGAGCUCUUCGAAUCUGGAUUUUAUAAGAAACUACAUAUGUUUUUUUAUCGCGGAUUUUGGAUGGAUCAAGAAUGUGUCAAUGAAUUGGCUUUAGUCAAAGGUAUAGUGAAAUUUUAUGCCGGAACUAAUAGCUAUGGUUACAAUAUUGGUGCUUUAAGAAACUUGGAAGAACUACGCAUCUUCGAUUGUGAUAUUAUUACUGAUUUGAAGACACUUCCACAAAUCUUUUUGAAACUGAAACGCAUUGAUUUAAGACACACUAGUUCUGAUGACAUUUUAACAUUUAUUUGCCACUCAAAGAGUUUGAACAAAAUUAAAGUUCGAAAUUACGAUGAACACGGCAAGAUACUUGAUUUAUUUGCGUUGAAUAAAGAACGUGCGAAAUUAGUUGGAGCGCACAAGAUCACAAUUUACGUCGAGGAAGAUGUGUAUUUGGCAACAAAAUGGGCAAUGAAACAGACGGACUUCAGUUUGAUCGAAAUGAAACGAAGCACAUCAUACGAUUGGGGAUUUUAAGUUUGAAUUAUUCUGUCUUUUAUUAAAUCGAAAUUAUGGAGUUUGAAUUUUUACUUUUUGUUUUAAUUUUUUAAUCAAAU